AUGGCGUCUAAAACGUCUGAGAAAGAGACCGGCAAAUCGUCGGAAUCACGUACUCCACCCAUCCCAAAUGCGGUUAUCGAUAGAUCCGAUCAGGAGGGCAAGGAGAAACAGUGGGGCUACGAUCUGUAUCCGGAGCGCCGAGGCGAAAAGUAUAAGCCCAGCUGGGGACGGGUACUGCUCGGAAUAGAAGGCACUGAAAGUCUGGAUAAGAUCAAGUGUGAACGGAACGUUUACGCUUGUGUGAAGAAAAGUCCCAUGGUAAAGUUGAUGAUGGGUGCGUUGAAAAGUUCGGGCUGCGAAAUUGAUAUCCGGCGACAUAUAGCGUGCGAAGUGUGCGACACAUCGGUCAGUGGCGGUUAUGAUCCAGUGCUGAAUCAGGUUGUUGUUUGUCAGAACAUUGCACGAAACGAGGGAAUCGUGCAGGGCGUCCUAACGCACGAAAUGAUCCAUAUGUUUGACUACUGUAACAACAAUUUGGACUUUAAAAAUAUCGACCAUUUAGCGUGCACGGAAAUCCGUGCGGCCAACCUAACACACUGUUCGUUUCUGAGUGCUUGUACGCAGGGCGACGCUUCACCGUUCAAAAUCAAACAGGCGCAUGCGGAUUGUGUUAAAACCAAAGCCCUAAACUCAGUGUUGGCUGUGCGUAAGGUGAGUCCGGAAGAGGCAAUCGCAGCGGUAGAGCGUGUGUUUCCCAAGUGCUAUAACGAUCUGGAACCUAUCGGUCGUCGGAUACGAAGAAAUUCGAAGGAUAUGUACAAAGCCUACAUGGAAGGUCCAAUGUACGGGUACGACGUGGAUUAA